AUGGGGGAUAGUCGGUGGAUCCGCUCUGACUUCAGCAGUCGGGGCCGACUGAUCUUCGGUAGCCGGCUCUGCGUCUUCUUCAGCUUCCGCCCUGGUGGAAAGGCCUUCCGACACUGGUUCGGCCGUUUCCUCCAUAGCUGGGGCCUCCGACUCUGGCAGAACUACGCUGCUGAGAUCAAGUUUCGGGAUAUUAUUCGUUUGCGCUCCGUGACCACCGCCAUUUCCCAAACCCAGCGAAUCUUUUCCUCGGCGCACUCCUCGAAUUCUUCUCGCCAUCCCUCCUCCUUUCUCUCCCAUCCGUUCGAUUCUCACCUCGCCAAUCGUCAAAGCGAAUUCCCGGCGAAGGACCGUUUCUUGCGUCCCGCUCUUAUCUUUCCCGAGAGUAUAAGAAAAGCGCUCGGAGCAUUGAAGGACUCCACAACAGUUGGAUUGGCAAAAGUAAACAGUGAUUACAAGGAAUUGGAUAUUGCAAUUGUCAAGGCCACUAACCAUGUGGAACAGCUGCCAAAGGAGAAACAUUUGCGCACUAUUUUCAGUGCUGUAUCGGCUUCAAGACCUUGUGCGGAUGUUGCAUAUUGCAUCAAUUCUCUAGCUAAACGGCUCACCAAAACAUCCAAUUGGGCUGUUGCCUUGAAAACUUUGAUUGUCAUACAUCGGGCUUUGAGAGAAGUUGAUCCCUCAUUUCGUGAAGAACUCAUCAACCAUACCAGGAGCGGAGGUCGUAUGCUGAAUGUAUCCCAUUUCAGAGAUGACUCAAGUCCAAAUGCAUGGGAUUAUUCUGCUUGGGUUCGAACAUAUGCUUUGUAUCUAGAGGAGCGGCUAGAGUGCUUUCGCAUAUUGAAAUAUGAUGUUGAGACAGAAAACUCUAGAACUUCGGAACUUGACACUGCUGAUCUGCUUGAGCAACUCCCUGCUUUGCAACAGCUUCUCUUCCGUCUGCUUGGCUGCCAGCCAGAAGGUUCAGCUGUAUGCCAUAACAUGGUUAGAUAUGCACUUUCAAUUGUAGCAGGUGAAAGUAUUAAGAUAUACAGUGCAAUUAAUGAAGGAACUCUAAAUUUGGUGGACAAGUUCUUUGAGAUGCAUCGCCAUGAUGCCAUCAGGGCACUUGAAAUUUAUCAGAAGGCGGGGUAUCAGGCGGAAAGGCUGUCUGAUUUCCAUGAGUUCUGUAAGGGUCUUGAUCUGGAGCAGGGCAAAAUUUUUGUUAAAGUCGAACAGCCUCCUGCAUCAUUUAUUGCGGCAAUGGAAGAGUAUGUGAAGGGUGCUCGACGCACUUUACCUUCUAAUCAGAAUGUGGUAGAUGGUGACAGGGGAAUAGCUCCUCAAGCCAUCUUGGCCAUUGAGCACAAAAAAUCAAAAGACGAUCAUGAGAAGUCUGACUCGAUCCUGGCACCAACUGCGGCAACACCUGAAACUUCUCCAGUUGAGACUGCUAAAGCUCCAGUAACUGAUCUCUUGGGUUUGGAUGAUUUCAACCAGGGUGCAACAAAAUUGGAAGAGGAAAAUGCCCUUGCACUUGGAGUUGUUGGUGAUGAAAAUCUAUUAAAAGAUACAAAUAAUUCUGAUCUUACAAGCGAAACUACUUCUGGGUGGGAGCUUGCACUUUUUGAUGCUCGUAGUUCCAAUAGAAGUGCUGUUGCAGAGAGCAAACUGGCUGGUGGGCUAAACAAGUUGACCCUGGACAGUUUAUACGAUGAUGCAAUUGUAAGAAGAACAAAUCUUGGUGGGAACUACCAGAUGGGUCAGAUGGCACCAAAUCCCUUCGAGGCAGUUCAAUCCUCCCAAGAUCCGUUCUAUGCCUCCAACGCUGUAACACCUCCUGCCAGUGUGCAGAUGGCUGCGAUGGCCCAGCAACAGGCGUACAUGAUGCAACCGCAGCCGCAACCAUCGAGACAAGAUGGCACUAAUCCCUUUGGCAAUCCUUAUGGAGCUUCAGGUGUUGCAUCUUACCCUCCUCAUAAUCCAUACACAGGGUACAUGUAACAUGGAAGAGGGUUUGGGAUUACAAGAGCAUCUGGUGCUCGAUGAUGAAGAAGGAGAAUUCAGGAGACUCAAAUGUAAAUAAGCAGGCAGUAUAGAUGAUCGUACUCUGAAAGCUGCAAAUUGAAAUUUAAAAUUGUUCCGUGUAGUCUCUUUUAGUUGAUUAACUUUAUGUCAUAAAAUUUAGUUGGUUGUCCGUUA